AAAUUUUCGAAAGUCGAAGCAGAGAGGAAGUAGCAGCAAAGAUUGUUCUUUCUUAUAGCGCUCAGCAAACGGCUGUCUUUAAGAUACUUAUAGCAAAUUUUUCUGGGGAAGACAAAGUAAUAGCAGCAUCGAAGAGGCGUUCUUUCAUAGUGCUCGGCAAACGGCUAUCUUUAAGCAUGCCGGAAACCUCCCAGCUGAUCACUUCAAUGGAACUUGUUUUUGCGCACAAUAACUGUAGAACUGUCACAAUUACAGGUAUGGAACCUGAAUUCUAUAGAGCUGCUGUGGCUGGUGAAAUUGAUGUGUUUAGGGUAAAGUCAUCUUACCAAAUUGAGUCCAUGCUCACUCCAAAUAAAAAUACAAUCCUUCAUAUUCACUUGACAUGUGAUAAGGUGUCAGAGGCAUUUGUGAGUAAGAUUUUAAAUAUGUGUCAUGCACUUUUGAAGAAGGUCAAUGCUAAGCAUGAAACUAUCCUUCAUAUAGCAUCCAAGUAUGGACAUCUUGAAAUUGUGAAAAUAAUUAUUGAAUGUGCUAAUAAAGAUGCUCCUAGUGAAGAUGGAAAGGAAACACUUAUAAAGGCCACAAACAAUAAAAAGGACACAGCUCUACAUGAAGCAGUAUAUUAUAAUCACAAAGAAGUAGUAGAGUUGUUGAUAAAGGAAGACCCAAAUAUUGGAGAAAAUAAUGAUGGGGAGACCCCACUUUAUAUUGCUGCUGAGAGAGGCUACAAUGAAGUAAUACAUACAAUAUUGGAGAAAAGCAAUUCACCAAAUCAUAGAGGCCCCAAUGGCAGAACAACAUUACAUGCGGCUAUUGUUCAUUUUGAGAAGUUGGGAAAACUAGAAACAUUAAAGAAGUUGGUGUUGAAAAUACCAUCAGCAAUAAAAGAAGCAGAUGAAAAUGGUUGGGUGCCACUUCACUUAGCAGCAUUAGAGACAUGGCGUGCUGAUGACGUGGCAGAGGUGUUGCUAAAGCAAGAUAGAAACACAGCAUACAUGAGAGAUAACGAGGGAAGGACAGCUCUUCACUUUGCUGCAUAUUGUGGGAAUGAUAGUGUCAUAAAAAAGAUACUAGAAUAUUGUCCAGAUUGUUUUGAGUUGGUAGAUCACAAGGGCCGCAAUGCUCUUCAUUAUGCAGGUCUUGAUGAGAAAGGCAUUCUACGUUCAUCGUGGGUUGCAAAUGGGAUUCUGAAAGAACAACUGAUGAACAUGCAGAAUGAGAAAGACAAUGAUGGCAACACACCCCUUCAUCUCCUUGCCUGUCAUGCUCCCACAUGGGAUCUAUACUAUAAUGAUCAUCCUCUUCUGAAAAAACACCGAGGAGUGGACUCGAUAGCAUUUAAUAAAAAGAACCAAACUGCUUUUGAUGUUGCUUAUGAUGUUGUUCCUUCAACUUCACAAGAACAGAAUUUUUUCUUGGGACAACUUCACAAAAUUAGUGCAGGGUUUGGUGGGAGAGUUUUAAAUGGGGAUAUUAAAGAGAAGAAGAAACAGAAGAGACAUGAUUCAAAGGUAAUUGAGGAGCAGAAACUAGAGAACAAGGAAAAAGAGAACUUAGAAACGUUGAGCAGAGUGAGAGAAACCUCGCUUGUGGUGGCCACACUGAUAGCAACAGUAACAUUUGCAGCAGGAUUUACGGUGCCUGGGGGUACCAUGCAAGAUGGUCAAAACAAGGGCUCUCCCAUAUUGAUGCACAAUGCAGCUUUUAAGGCAUUUGUGAUAACAGACUCUCUCUCCUUUGUUCUCUCUGCUUCUGCUGUCCUUGUGCAGAUCUUCUCAUCAUUUUUUGCGGGAAGAACAGACUUUUUCAGUGCAACCAUGGGUGAAUAUCAUGUAUCGGCAGCCUUGGGGCUGACAACGUUGGGAAUGGUAUUCAUGAUAGUUGCAUUUGGAACAGGCACAUACGCCAUCUUGGGUCUUUCCAUGGCUCUUGCGGUUGUCACUCUUCUUAUUACAUUGUGUUUCUUCUUUACCUUUCCUCUUGCCCAUUAUCUGAUUCGUAAGGGUACAGAGAUGUUUCUUUCUCGAAGACAACUGCCACGUUCUCAUCCUGAAUUAGUUUCUUCACUUGUAGGGGAAGACUUGCAAUUGUUGGAUAGCGUAUGAGAGGUCCCAAAAACAUUUCAACGAUUUUUCAUUUCUAAUUCACGUCUAUGCAUUUCUCCGUAUAUGUCAUCAGUGACCAAAAAAUUGAACACUUCACCAUCCAUUUGUGUACUUCAUUAGAUAAUUAUUUCA